AUGGAGAGCACGGAGUGCGUCAGAGUCGCCGUCAACAUACGUCCGCUUAUUACGCCGGAGCUUCUUAACGGAUGCACCGAUUGCAUCACCGUUGCUCCCAAGGAGCCACAGGUUCACAUAGGCUCACAUACUUUUACUUACGAUUUCGUAUUCGGCAAUGGUGGGUACCCGUGUUUCGAGAUCUACGAUCAUUGUGUUGCUCCACUUGUGGACGCACUAUUUAAAGGAUAUAAUGCUACAGUUCUUGCCUACGGCCAGACUGGUUCUGGUAAAACGUACACCAUGGGUACUAAUUAUAGUGGAGAUGAAACAAAUGGUGGCAUUAUACCCAAAGUGAUGGAAGAUAUAUUUAAAAGAGUGGAGACAGCCAACGAUUCAACCGAACUGUUGAUACGGGUGUCUUUUAUUGAGAUUUUCAAGGAAGAAGUUUUCGAUUUGCUUGACUCAAAUUCGUCGGCUAUUCUAAAAAAUGAUGGUGGGGUUCAGGCCAAGCACGUUGCCCUCUCAAGAGCUCCGAUUCAAAUCAGAGAAACUGCCAGUGGAGGAAUAACUUUGGCAGGCGUUACUGAGGCAGAAGUGAAGACGAAGGAGGAGAUGGGCUCGUAUCUAGCACGAGGUUCUUUGUCCCGUGCUACUGGCAGCACAAACAUGAAUAGCCAAUCAAGUCGGUCCCAUGCAAUCUUUACAAUCACUCUGGAACAAAAGAAAAUUUCCAGCUGUUCUUCCACAACUGCUGUAGAUGGUGGUGAAGAUAUACUAUGUGCAAAGCUUCAUCUGGUUGAUCUAGCAGGGUCGGAGCGUGCAAAACGAACAGGAGCAGAUGGAAUGCGCUUGAAAGAAGGAAUCCACAUCAACAAAGGUCUACUCGCUUUGGGAAAUGUAAUCAGUGCGCUAGGAGACGAGAGAAAGAGAAAGGAAGGAGGUCAUGUUCCUUACCGUGACAGCAAGUUAACUCGUUUGCUUCAGGAUUCCCUUGGUGGCAAUAGCAAAACCGUGAUGAUUGCUUGUGUAAGUCCAGCUGAUACAAAUGCUGAGGAGACAUUAAACACGCUGAAGUACGCAAAUCGUACACGCAAUAUUCAAAACAAAGCAGUGAUCAAUCGAGACCCAGCAGCCGCGCAGAUGCAAAGCAUGCGGAGUCAAAUUGAGCAGCUGCAGACAGAACUCAUGUUCUAUCGAGGUGACAGUGGUUCUUUUGAAGAGCUCCAGAUUCUCAAGCAUAAAGUAUCACUGCUUGAGGCAAGCAAUCGUGAGCUACAAAAUGAACUUCAAGGACGGAGAGUCGCCUGUGAGCAUUUAUCAAAGUGUGCUCUUGAUGCUCAGGUUGAAAAGGACAAACUUGUAAUGACGAUUGAAUCUGUUCGCAGUGGUAAAUCCUUGGAUGAGAUUGAAUCCUGCCAAAAUGAGGAUGUUGGUUUGAUCACCAAGUAUGUUUCAAAAAUUCAAGAGCUAGAAGGAGAGCUGUUGCAAGUCAAAAGAUUGAAGAAAGUCAGCAAUUUCAAAUAUUCUAAUUCUGUUGAUUCCUAUGAUGAUGGCCCCCGUUCGAGUAACGUUUUGUUUCCCUCAUCUAAUGAGUCGUCAGAUUGUGAAGACAAAGGGAUUGAUGUCACGGAUGAAAUUGAAUUUCAAGAAAAGGAGCUUGAACAUUGCUCACUUCAAGAAAAGUUGGACAUGGAGCUAAAGGAAUUGGACAAGAGACUAGAAGAAAAGGAGGCUGAAAUGAAGCGCUAUUCAAGUGGUGGUACAUCUGUUCUCAAACAACAUUAUGAGAAAAAGGUUCAUGAACUAGAACAGGAAAAAAGAGCAUUGCAGAGAGAAAUUGAAGGUUUGAGACAGAACCUUGCUACCAUACCAUCUGCCCCAGGCGAUGGAGCCAAGAAACUGAAGGAAGAGUAUCUUCAGAAACUGAACACCCUUGAAACCCAGGUUUCGGAGUUGAAGAAGAAACAAGAUGCACAAGCUCAACUCUUGAGGCAAAAGCAGAAAAGUGAUGACGCAGCAAGAAAUCUACAAGAUGAAAUACACAGAAUCAAGUCUCAGAAGGUGCAAUUACAGCAAAAGAUUAAGCAAGAGUCAGAACAGUUCAGGGCUUGGAAGGCUGCGAGAGAGAAGGAAGUCAUGCAGCUCAAAAAGGAGGGAAGGAGAAAUGAGUAUGAGAUGCACAAACUCAUGGCUUUGAAUCAAAAACAGAAGCUGGUUUUGCAAAGAAAGACAGAAGAGGCAUCUCAGGUGACGAGAAGACUAAAAGACCUUUUAGAAACUCGAAAGGCGUCUUCACGCGAGACAUUGAGUGGGGCAAGUGUAAAUGGUCCUGGAACUCAGGCAUUGAUGCAAGCCAUUGAGCAUGAGAUUGAAGUCACUGUUCGUGUUCACGAAGUGCGUUCUGAAUACGAGAGGCAAAUGGAAGAGAGAGCAAGAAUGGCUAAGGAAGUUGCUAGGCUUAGGGAAGAAAACGAGGUGCUCAAAAAUGCCAAUAUAAGUGUUCAUGGUGACACCAUGUCUCCGGGUGCAAGAAACUCGAGGAUUUUUGCUCUGGAGAAUAUGCUUGCGACCUCUUCAAGCACUCUCGUUUCCAUGGCAUCACAGUUAUCUGAAGCAGAGGAACGUGAGCGUGUGUUUGGUGGAAGAGGAAGAUGGAACCAAGUUCGAACACUAGGUGACGCAAAGAGCAUCAUGAAUUAUCUGUUCAACUUGGCAUCAACUGCGAGGUGUCUAGCCCGAGACAAAGAGGCGGAUUGCAGAGAAAAGGAUGUCCUUAUAAGAGACCUGAAAGAAAAAAUAGUGAAGUUUAGCAGUUACGUUAGAUACUUGGAGAUACAAAAAGCAGAUCUCACCCAUCAGAUGAAGGCACAGGCCUCUCAAGUGAAGAAAUGGUCUGCAGAGGAGAACCUAAACAACGAGAAUGGAUUGAAAAAGCAGGAAGCCCGGAACUCGGUUAUAGUUCUUGAGGACAUGGAUACCUCUGAUUCUGAAGAGUCGGAGCAUGAACGGGAAGAUCCAGACUGUGAUGAUGAAUGGAAACCUGAACAAGAAUCAGAGCGUGAUUCGGAACAGGAAUCGGCUAUUAAGCUGAACAGGAAACGGAACUUUAAAGUUGGGAGACGGCGCUCUAGUGUGGUGAUGAGGCGUUCAUAUGAAGAGAGCUCGGAAGCUCCAUCAGAUGAUGCAGUGAAGUCCACAUUAUCAUCUGAUGUGUGUUGCACUUGCAGUAGGAGCUCUUCUUGCAAGACAAUGAAGUGUCAGUGUCGAUCUACGAAGGGAUCUUGUGGUCCAUCAUGCGGGUGUUCUGCAGUCAAAUGCUCCAACAGAAAUGCAGACGGAAAGCAGAACAAUUCCAUCUCGGAACUAGAGGCGUUGGAGCAGAGUGAGAACUCGCAAGAAUCUGAUGAAAAGAGCAAAGACCAACAACAAGUCCUUGCUUCACGUGGAGCUAUGCUGCUAAAAAACGCUCUUGCUAACAAACCAGUGGAGGAGACUAACGAUGAAGACGGAACCAAAAGGAGAAGAAAACCUCUAUCAGACAUAGGAAACACAACGGGUAAAUCGAAUGUCCCAAGGCCAAGCCAAAGAAAGAAAUGGAAGAAGACAGUGCUUCAGCUUGUUCCUGUAGUAGGUCCACCACCGCCACAACCAACGCCACAAGUUUCAUCUCAGGAAGAAGCUAAUGCGGUGAAUAUGGACUUGGAAGCAGCGAGAAAGCCAGAAAACAGCGACUCGGGAGAGGCAAAUGGCAUCAAACUGAAGCUGCCGAGGGCGAUGAGGUCAGCGUCUUCUAAUGGCAGCAACUUGCUGAGAGAGAGAAACGCUGAUCAAAACGGCGGUGAAUCAGUCGGUAAUGGCGGAUUUGUGCAGAACAAUUCGGGUAGGGCAAGUGGAAGUAGAACUUCAGAUGAAAAGGAGAACCACACUCGUCGGAUCUAA